CGAUCGCUUCAAGUUUAACCUCCCGCUAGCGACGAGGAGGAGGAGGAGGAGGAGGAGGAGGCGGGGCGGGGGGUUGACAGCCUAGGACCACGUUACUGUCUCAUUCUUUUUAGUUUGUCUCCAGUGCGUCAAACUUGGUGUACUUAGAAAACCCUACAGCGGGAAACAAAUGACAUUAAUGUCAAGUUUCUGGCGGCAGGAGGAGAUCUGACGUUUCCAGUGUUAGCACGUUAACCUUUUUCACGUUUCUGUCUUUGGCCGAGGAAGUUCUGCAGUGGAUCGUCGACGCACAGCAGCGGGACAUCAUCGGUGGAGUAAAAGCGCGUGAAAUGGACGCCGGCGGGAGCGCCGCGUGAGGGAUGCGGAACUUCUCGGACUCUGCCGGCACUUGUUGUUCACAGCGAGCGACGCGAUCCCGCCCGGACAUGGGAUGGAUGUUCUGAACGGAAGCGAUGCGGCGCGCACCUCCCAGCUCCCGGUGGACGCGGACGGGGACGCGUCCCUGGCGCCCAACAGGACGAACCGCUCCGUGGCGGAUCCGUUCAGCCUGCUGGACCUGGAGAGAGCCGACAUCGUGGGCGACGGCUCCGCCGUGCUCAGAAUCAUCAUCUCGGUCGUCUACUCCGUGGUGUGCGCGCUCGGGCUCAUCGGAAACAUCCUGGUCUUGUACCUGAUGAAGUCGAAGCAGGUGUGGAAGAAGUCCUCCAUCAACCUGUUCGUGACGAGCCUGGCCGUGACCGACUUCCAGUUCGUGCUCACGCUGCCCUUCUGGGCGGUGGAGAACGCCUUGGACUUCACGUGGCUCUUCGGGAAAGCCAUGUGCAAGAUCGUGUCCUACGUGACGGCCAUGAACAUGUACGCGAGCGUCUUCUUCCUCACGGCCAUGAGCGUGGCGCGCUACUGGUCCGUGGCGUCGGCGCUCAAGAGCAAGAGGCGGCCGCCCUGCUGCUCGGCUCGCUGGAUGAGCCUCGUGGUGUGGGUGGCGGCCGUGGUGGCCGCGCUGCCCAACGCCGUGUUCUCCACCACGGCCGCCGUGUCCGACGAGGAGCUCUGCCUGGUCAAGUUCCCGGACAACAGCGGCGACGCGCAGUUCUGGCUCGGCAUCUACCACUCGCAGAAGGUGCUGCUGGGCUUCGUGGUGCCGCUGGCCGUCAUCUCCGUGUGCUACCUGCUCCUGCUGCGCUUCAUCACCAGCAAGAACAUGAACACGUCGAGCGCCAAGAGACGCUCCAAGGUCACGCGAUCCGUGACCAUCGUGGUGCUCUCCUUCUUCCUCUGCUGGCUGCCCAACCAGGCGCUCACGGCCUGGGGGAUCCUCAUCAAGCUCAACGUGCUCCACUUCAGCUACGAGUACUACACGACGCAGGCGUACCUCUUCCCCGUGUCCGUGUGCCUGGCCCACUCCAACAGCUGCCUCAACCCCAUACUCUACUGCCUCAUGAGGAGGGAGUUCCGCAAGGCGCUCAAAAAGCUCUUCUGGAAGAUCGCGUCGCCCUCCGUCACGAACAUGAGGCCGUUCACGGCCACGACCAAGCCGGAGCACGAGGAGCAGGGCAACGCGCUCGUGCCGGUGCACGCGCCCGAGCCCGGCGUGGCGUUUUACCCGCCCGGGGUGGUGAUGUACAGCGGGAGGAACGACCUCCUGCCCAACAGCACGUAGUGCGGCGAAUUAUUGCCGCCCUUCUUCUUCUUCUUGCCCUCGGGAUUUAUUGCACUUGCUCUCUUCUUGGCGACGUUUAAACUGCGCACGGGAAGAAUUAAAGUUCAAAAGCCCCGCCGUCCUUCCCCGGCCCGGCCCGUGCCUCGAA